AUGGAUGAGGAAGAGAGACCGAGAAAGCAGCAGAAGCUGGAUACUGAGGGACAGAAGCAGGAGGAGAAUAUGGGUCCCGCGAUGACUGGCGCAGUGGGCGAAGAAAAAGUUGACGACCAUGCGACAACAGCUACGCACAAUGGGAACGAGAAUAAGACUACCUCUGAAACCGGUGAUGGCGAACACAAUGAAUCCGAGACCGCUGGCCACCAGCAACAUCCCGAAGGUGCCGCGCCCACAAUGUCGAAAAACCAACUGAAGAAACUCCGCCGCAAAGAAGCCUGGGACGCAAAGGCCGAUGAGCGCAGAGCGAAGAGAAAAGAAGAAAAUGCCGCAAAGAAGCAACGAAAAAAGAAUUUGCUAGAGGAGGCGAAAAAACAAGGGAAGGAGGCCGAAGAGGCGAUGCGGAAAAAGUUCGCGUCAACGAGACAACGGCAUCACCAGUCCACGCUUGUCCCGCUUACUUUCGUCAUGGACUGUGGCUUCGACGAGUUGAUGAUGGAUAAGGAGCGGAUAUCGCUGGGGUCGCAGUUGACGAGAGCGUACUCGGAUAACAGCCGGUCCAAGUACCGUGUGCACUAUGUGAUAUCCUCGUUUGAUAAGCAGCUCAGAGAGCGGUUUGAUACGGUGCUGAAGAAGACCUAUCUGAACUGGAGGGGUGUUCGCACCAUGCAGGAGGACUACGUGCAUGCGGCAGAGAUGGCGAAGGUGUGGAUGACGGGUCCUGAAGGAGGCAAGUUGGCCGGGAGACUCGAGGAGCAAUCCGAUGCAAAACCGGGGGAUGGAGAGGUUAUCUACCUCAGUAGCGACAGCCCGAACACGUUGACGGAGCUGAAGCCGUACAGUACAUAUAUUAUCGGAGGCCUGGUGGAUAAGAACCGUCACAAGGGCAUCUGCCACAAACAAGCAACGGAGAGGGGUAUUAAGACGGCUAAGCUUCCCAUUGGGGACUACAUCCAAAUGGCUUCGCGCUCGGUGCUGGCUACGAACCAUGUCAUGGAGAUUAUGCUGCGCUGGUUGGAGACGGGGAACUGGGGGGAGGCCUUUAUGCAGGUGAUUCCUCAACGCAAGGGAGGGAAGCUGAAGGGUAAGGCUGCUGCUGGGGAGGGGAGCCCUACUAAUGAAUAUGCGGAGGGUAUUGAAGAGGAUGGUGAUGAUGGUGAAGAUAAUGAUGCCGAAGCUUCCGAAGCUGCUCAGGGAGAAAUUGAACAGCGGGAGCUACAUGCGACCGCCGAACAGGCAUAA